CACUCUGAACAUGGCGGCAAGACGCGGGGCCGUCAUCUCGCUCACCUGCACCGACUUCCGCACUCAGUCCUGUUUCUUCAACCGCUUCAGAGACUACCUACUCAUCAGCAUGGACGGCCAAUUCGAUUCCGAGACCACGCUGGUGGCCUGCGGCAACCUGCAGUUCGCCGUGCCGUUCAGUGUCACCUCCACGGGCAAUCGGAUGGGGCUCUACUUCCGGUCCAACGCACGCCGCCAGUACUCGGGCUUCACCUGCGAGUACUCAGUCAGCGGUGGAGAGGGCGGCGGCGGCGAAGGGAGCGGUGGCGAAGGGGGUAGCAGCGUCGGCACCCCCACGUGCGGCGUGCCAACCAGCGGCGCCAAGAUCACGGGCGGCGAACGUGCCGAGAUCGAGCAAUACCCGUGGAUGGCGGCGCUCCGCUUCUGUAGCUCCGGCGGCUGCUGGUUUUGCGGCGGCUCGCUUAUCUCCGACAUAUGGGUGCUGACGGCUGGACAUUGCACGUCGGGCGCCUCCAGCGUCGAUGUGCGCCUGGGUGGAACGCUCGUCAACGAACCGCUUGUGUCGAUCCCGUCUACCGUGAUGUACACCCACCCCAGCUACAGCGCGUCCAGGAUCCUGAACGACGUGGGCCUGAUCCGACUGCCGAACGCGGUCACGUUUGGCGACACGAUCCAGCCGGUGUGCCUGCCGCGCGAAUCACUGCACGGCGACCAGAGCUUCGCCGGCCAGCAGGCGCAGGUGUCCGGCUGGGGGCGCUACUCCGAUCAGGUCGGCUCCAUCAGCAGCUAUCUGCGCCACGCCACCGUUCCCAUCAUAACAAACGGCGCUUGCUACUGGCGACCGCCGAGCACGCAGCUCUGCAUCUCCACGACGGGCGGCGUCAGCUCCUGCAACGGUGACUCGGGCGGACCGCUGCAGAUCGAGCAGGCCGACGGCUCCUUCCUCGAGGUGGGCAUCGUCAGCUACGGCGCCUCCGCAGGCUGCGAGCUGGGCUACCCGGCUGGCUUUGCGCGCGUCACCGAGUUCCUCGGCUACAUCUCCAGCGUCACCGGCAUGGACCUGUCGUAG